ACAAGUUUCAUUUUCUUCAUGCCCUGAAUCUGCUCAUUCAGUGACGAGGCCUGUUUCCGGGCACGUGAACAGCUCACAUCUGGCGAGUGAAGCUGGAACAUCCUCACAGCUGCCAGCAGCCCCAGGCUGGGUCACAAAACGACACUCAACCUCGGCCAGACCCACCUUCUCAAGGCCAUGGAGUCGGAGCAGGCCACUGUCCCCAAGGCUCCCAGGCUCCCAGCGGCUGCUGCCGACGUGGCCGAGACCCCUGCCGACCCAGAGGAUGCAGACCUUGAGCAGAGGAUCCUGCAGGUGCUGAGGGAUGCCGGCUCCCCCGUGAGGACUGCCCAGCUGGUCAUCAAAUGCCAGGUGCCCAAGAAGAAACUCAACCAAGUCCUCCACCAGAUGAAGAAGGAGUCCAGGGGAGGGCUCACCCUCGUGGGCCCUGCGACGUGGUGCCUGGGCGAUGCUGGGACCGACGGGACCAGAGAAGUGGUGCUGGCAGAGCAGGCAGAGAGGCCCCGGCAAGACGCAGUUGCGAUUCCAAGGACGCCUGGCCCAAGGACGCCUGGCCCUGAGCUCAGCGAGCGGCAGACGGAGAUCUACGGGCUUCUGAAAGCCCAGGGGCCCCACAAGGCCCUGCACAUCGCCCAGGCCCUGGGGAUGAAGACGGCGAAGGAAGUCAACCGCGACCUGUAUGCCAUGAGGAAUAUGCACCUCCUGACCCUGGACCAGAAGUCAAACGCCUGGGGGGUUUAUCAGCCAGAAGAUUCUAGAAAUCAGUCCACCCCGGUUAUUUACCAGCAAAAUCCAAUCAACAUGAUCUAUCAGAAGGGACUGAACAACCGCAUUUCCAUUGAGAACUCUGAAAACAUCCAGAUUGGACAUGGCAAUGUCAUCAUGAGACACGAGUCCUCUGGGGAAAGCGGCUCCAUGGCUGCCUUCCACCUCCCUCCGACGGUGCCUGCCGACUCCUCAGCCCAGGGACCCCUGGCUGGAUCCUGGGGGCCCCAGGACAUCUGCAUGGAGAAGUCUGUGCUCAGACGGGUACAGAUGGGCCAUGGCAACGAGAUGAGACUUCACAGCUUCCCGGCUGAGGGCCCUGCCCAUAGCGCUUGUGGCAGCCCCCCAGGCUCUGUCUCAGCUACGAGUCCAGAGGCUUCCAUUGAUAUUCAAAUCCCCGAGCCAGGACCUCACGCCGCCGAAGGGGUCAUGGCCCAGAAGGUCCGAAUUCGCUCGUGCUUCCUGGAGGACACGACCGUGGGCAACAGCAACAGGAUGAGCGUCAGCCCGGGGACGGCUGGUCCCGGGGGAGUCUCGGGGCCUGAGGAGGGCAGGGCGGACCCCGGGGAGCCAGGAGAGGACCCAGACUCUCUCUCUGGAGCUGCCAGAUGCAGCAGCCAGGUCCUUCCCGACGGCGGUCAGGCUGCCCCCAGCGACGCUGAGAUGCUCACCUCCCAGCUGGAAGCUCUGACUCUCAGAAGCAGGGGUCCCAGAACCACAGAAGACGGCCACUGAGGGGACAGAACAGCCGACAGGGGCCUGGCGGGGUGGCUCAGAGCAGGCAGCCCGCAGGCCGGACUCGCACAGCAAGAGCCGGGUGCUGGUGAGCCCAAGCCCGCUCUCUGCUGCCAUAAGUGUCCCUUUUGACCUUGCCUCCUGAUACGUGGCCAGUGUGCGUCAGCAUUUGGGCUGGGCCUGGCGUGGGGCAGAGGCGGGGCUGCUGGUGGCCAGGAGCAGCCUGGUGGGCAGUCCCCUUGGGCCUCUCGGGGUGUGGAGAGGAAGCACUGACAGCCAGCAUGGCCAGGCCACUCUCCCCGACCCUCCAUCCAGCAAGGCCACCCACUCUCUGCCUCUCACACACGACCUGACCUCCUCGAGGCCCAUCAUGGCCGCCUGGCCCCUUUACCACCUGACAUUUCUAGAACCUUCCCACCCUGGCCUUGAUCUCUUGGGAGUUCUUAGCUGAACUUGCAGGGGGCAAACCCCUUCCCUCCAGGCCCCAGAGAGGUCAUGGGUUCAGGUGACCCCAGCUGACCAACCAUCAGCUUGAGGGGGCAGAGCCCCCCUCAAAGGGGUGGGUGCAGUGGCAUUUCCAGAACCAAGAAGUGUGGUAGGGGUGGAGGUGGUACCUGGGGAGGGAUAAUGGGAGGAAAGUGGAAAAGGAUGCAUGAAGGCGACCAAUUAGCCAGGCGGGGCCACCUCGGAACGAGACUUCCGGCCCCGCACGCACACUCAGGCUCCUGAAACUCAGUGUCCACACCUCCCAAAGCCUCAUGUGGACCUCUCUCGCUGCACUGAGCCUCCUCCGCUGGACCGCGUCGUGCAAUGCCCAGGAGCCGUGUCCCCCGGGGCUAGUGUCUACCUUGGAGGACGAGGGCCUGGCUCAUGACAGGGCCUCAGGAAAGAACGUCAUUGCACAAAUUCUUAACUGGCGGGGUCUUGAGGCGCAUGCUAUGAUGUGUUGAGAAGUGCCUGGACCAGCAGGCAGCACUUAGAGGGUGUCCCUUAAAGGGGAGUCCCGAGUCAUUGCUUGAGCUCCUGGAUCCAGUUGUUCCUGAACCUAUCUCUGCUUCUGUCCACUAGAUGAGUCUUGGGUCCCCUUAGCGUGGAAGUCAGGUCUGAUCUUGGUUUCCUGGUGCAGCAUGUCCUCCUUGCUUCUGCCACUCCCUUUCCUUAGCUGGAUGCUACUCAGCCUGCAGGACACAGCUGAGACAUGACCUUGUCUAGGAAGGCUUCCCCUGCACCUAGCACAGCCUGCGUCUCUUCUCCGCUCCUGAGGGCUCCUGUGCUUCCCAUCACACCCAUGCCUCACUGCCCUGUUAUUCAUCUGUCUCUGUAUUCAUCAACAAAUAUUUGGUUGCAGAUGACAGAAAGCUGGGGCCUGAUUCAGCACAAAAGGGGAUGUAUUGGCUUGUAUAAUAUGGACAAGUUCAAGCAUAAAUCCUGCUUCAGGAAUGUCUGCAUCCAGGAGCUCAGACAAUGUCUUAGGACUUAGCGUCCCUCUCUCCAUCUCUCCGUCUGCCUUCCUUUGUGUGGGCAAAGAUGAUCACUGGAAGCUUCAGGCCCCCGUGUAACCGCUGCCCAGUGAGAGGAGGGUACCUCUUCCCAAGAGCAAAAGCCAUGAUGGAUGGUGUUGGUCACAUGCCCAUCCCCCAAAUGGUCAUUGGUCAGAGGAACGGAAUGUCGUGGUUGGCCAAAUGGUGUCCUGUGAUCUGCCCCUGGAACCAGGAGGAAGAUCAGUCACUCCCAGUCACGUGGCUUGGAGGCAAGAGAUGGGCUGUUUUCCAAAGUUACCAGGAGCUCAGACAAUGGAUGCUGGCAGAUAAGCAGGAACCUCAGAGAUGAACUGCAUCUCCCCAGCAUCAGCCGGUGAAUCCACUGGGCACGGGGGCCCUGUCUUUUCGCUCUUGACCCUCCAGCCUGUGCUGGACAGGUCCCUUCACAGACCACCUCCCAGGUACCAGGCCCACAGAGAGGGGAAGCCAAAGCCCUGCCCUCAGCGAGCAGUUCACAGUCAGCGGGAGAGGCGGGCCCAGGACGUGGCGAGGUGUCCUGAGCAGGAAUAACCCCGGGGAAUUAAGGGAGGGUGGGACAGGGGCCCAGCCACUGCCAGGAGGCUCCCCAGGGGGAGGAGAAAGCCCUACAGCUUCUUCAACACCUGGCAGAGGGAGAAGGAUGGGGGCACAGAGACGGUGUUCCAGGCCAAGCGUGAUGGUCAGAACAAGAUGAUUUCUCAGAGCUGCGUGGCAGCUUGCGGAUUGCUAGAAAACGGUGCAAAGAAUAUAGAAGCAAGAGGUUGGCUGGAGAGGAUUUUGGACUUGACACUGAGCUCCAGACCCGCACGGCUCCACCUGCGUGAAUAUUCCAGGUCCCUGCAGCAGGGGAGCUGGAUCCAUGACGAGAAGGGAGGGUUUUGUCCCAUGGGCUGGAGUUGCCUGGCCCACAGGGGACCACCAUGGUGACCUGGGGGCCCCCAAGUCAUUCCUCCAUGGAAUAUCCAGUUUUCAAAAGUGCCGCCAGCUCUAAGGGGCUUGAAAUCUGCUUUGGCUCUUUCCUUCUGGCAUUGUCUUCCCUCUGCGGUGAGCUGAAACCUAACCGCCUGCCUCAAAGCUUGUCCAAGGUCUGUGGUUAACCAGGCCUGUAUCAGUGGGCGAUCGAAAUGCGUCUUGGAACUCAGCCUCAGCUCCACCUGCAGCCCAAGCCAGAACAUUCAUUUUUCCUGCGAGAUUUCCCCUCUCUGUAUAAUUAAUAUGUCAUAAACCUGCUGACAGAGCAUUGUCGGUAGUUAAUGGGGGCUGGAGGUGAAAGUCAAAGCUGGUCUCUUCAGGAAGGAAAUUAACUAGCUACCAUUAAAAGCAGAGAAUGAUUAA